CGGGACCGAUGCCGAGGUUUCUCGGUGUCUUUGUUUCCCUUCUUCCCGCCUCGGAGCAGAGGGGCGGCGAGGGCUCUGCCGCGUCUGAGUCCUCUCGUCCUCGCUUCUGCACCUGCCUCAGCCGAAGGCAUCUACAACCACAAGAUGCAUUUUUAAACGGCGUUUUCCCUUUGAAAUACUUUCAGAAUCUGAAACGAGCUGCGAGCGGCGCAGCAAACUCCGCAGCGCGCCGUUCUCCGGACGCCUCCGGACGCGGACGCCGCCUCCACCGAGAGCGGCCGCUGCAGCCCGGGCUCGUCGGUGCUGGCCCCGCUCUCUUUAGACCCCCGCCUCGGGGCCCGAGCUGCGCGCCGGUCCUCGGAGCCUUUACUCUUCCUCUUUUGAGUACUAAGCUGCACCCAGCCUCUUUAUUAUUUUGUAUUUUGGGACAAGGUUUCAUUGAGGCGUGCACUUGCAGAGCUUCCCGGACUGUGGGUGAGGACAGGCUCAUCCUUCCCGCUCGGCAUGGCGUCCGCGGCAAGAGGUGUCCCUCCCGGGAGAAAUGUCCGCCCCAAGGCCAAGGCCGCCAAGCUGCUGGAGGUUCUGAGUGCUCUGGAGGGGGACGACUCAGGCAAUGACAGGGAGGAGAUAUUCAUCGCGCCCCCUGACAACGCCGCAGGGGACUUCACCGACGAGGACUCGGGAGACGAGGACAGCCGGCGAGGGCCCCAGCUGCCCGGCAGCGUGCUGCACGCCUCAGUCGUGUCUGAGGACUCGGGCAGCGGGGAGGACAGUGACGAGCUGGCGCUGCAGCCGGCCCCCAAGAGGCAGAAGGCCGGGAUGGAGGCUCAGCGCGUCUGGACCAAGAGGGACAUCCAGCCGGACUUCGGCAGCUGGACAGCGUCAGACCCUCACAUCGAGGACCUCAAGAGCCAGGAGCUGAGUCCCGUGGGCCUCUUUGAGUUGUUUUUUGAUGAAGGAACAAUUAAUUUCAUUGUUAACGAGACCAAUCGUUACGCUCGGCAGAAAAACGUCAACCUGGGCCUCACGGCCCAGGAGCUGAAGUGUGUUCUGGGCGUCCUGAUCCUGAGUGGCUACGUCUCCUACCCCAGGAGGAGGAUGUUCUGGGAGACCUCUCCCGACUCCCACCAUCACCUCGUGGCUGACGCCAUCCGAAGGGACAGAUUCGAGCUGAUCUUCUCCUACCUGCACUUCGCAGACAACAGUGCGCUGGACGAGAGCGACCGCUUCGCGAAGGUCCGGCCGCUCAUCGCCCGGAUGAACUGCAACUUCCAGAAGCACGCGCCGCUGGAGGAGUUCUACAGCUUCGGCGAGUCCCUGUGCGAGCACUCUGGGCCGCGCAGCUCCCGGCGGCUGCGCUCCGUGCGGCUGGGCCACAGGCUGUGGUGCGGGACCACCAGCAGGGGCUACCUGGUGUGGUUUGAGCCCUCACAGGGCACGCUCUUCACCAAGCCGGACAGGGGCCUGGACCUGGGCGGCAGCAUGGUCGUCAGGUUCGUGGAUGCGCUUCAGGGGCGGGGCUUCCUGCCCUACCACAUCUUCUUUGACAAGGUUUUCACAAGUGUCAAACUGAUGUCCAUUUUGAGGGAAAAGGGCAUUAAGGCCACAGGAACCGUGCGUGAGCACAGGACGGAUCGGUGUCCCCUCAAAGAUCCCAGGGAGCUGAGGAAGAUGAAGAGGGGCUCCUUUGACUACAGAGUGGACGAGCGCGAGGAGAUCAUCGUGUGCCGCUGGCACGACAGCAGUGUGGUCAACAUCUGCUCCAACGCCGUGGGCAUCGAGCCCGUGCGGUUGGCCCGCCGGCACGCAGGCACGGCCAGGGCACGCGGGCAGGUCCACCAGCCAUCGCUGGUGAAGCUGUAUCAGGAGAAGGUGGGCGGCGUGGGCCGGCUGGACCAGAACAUCGCCAAGUACAAGGUGAAGAUCCGAGGCCUGAAGUGGUACUCCAGCUUCAUCGGCUACAUCAUCGACGCCGCCCUCAACAACGCGUGGCAGCUGCACCGGAUCUGCUGCCCGGACGCGCAGGUGGACCUGCUGGCCUUCCGCAGGUACGUGGCCUGCGUGUACCUGGAGAGCAACGCCGACACGUCCUCGCAGGGCCGGCGGGGCCGGCGGCUGGAGACCGAGAGCCGCUUCGACAUGAUCGGGCACUGGAUCGUCCACCAGGACAAGAGGACCCGCUGCGCCCUCUGCCACUCGCAGACCAACACGCGCUGCGAGAAGUGCCAGAAGGGCGUGCAUGCCAAGUGCUUUCGGGAGUACCACACCUGCGGAGGCGCCGAGGCGCGGGGCGCACAGCGAGGCGUUGACGCGCGGUGACCGGAGCCCGCGGAGCGCUUCGGCUUCUCUUGUGUUGGAAGGAAGACCGAAUCCCUGUUGAUUUGGUUUUGUAUUUUCUCCCCAUCCCUGUUAUAGUUGUCUAUUUUAUUGUAUGCUAUUGUGCCUACUUGUAGUAUAAAUUAAUAUUUAUGUUAGUAUGCUUACAGAUCUGUAUUUUAUACUGUUAUUUUUUGAAACUUAUUCAAAUAAAAUUUUGCUUUGGGGUAGAUUUGAGUUCUAGUAAGGAGGAUCAAAGAAGAACUUACAUAAACAGUAAAAAGAUUAUACUGUUAUGUGCCAUGAUUUAUAAUCUGAGGUAUAGGCAGUAGUAUAUUAAAUAUCAUAGUGAUACAGUGACGGAUUUCUUAGUGAUAUUUAUCUCAUAUAGCCUAAAACUAUCAAACUUUCCACAGAGAGUCUGUCUUGUGUUUGUUCAAAAAGCUAGAGUUGCAAAGUUCAUAUAUUUUGAUAAAAAUAUUUUCCUAAUUACAUAUAUCCAUGUGGAAUCUGUUUAUAUAAAUACCAUGUGGUAGGGAUCCACUUUUCCCCCCCCCACAUAAUUUGUUAAAAGAGAAAUAUAUUUCUUCACUGAAAUAAAUACUUCACUUGGAA